AAGGGGAUCAGCACAAGGAGGAGGAGGAGGAGGAAGAAGAGGGAAACAAGACAAAUAGUCGGUGCGGCGAGAGGAACUUGUCCAGGCAGCGUUCCUGGUCCCUGCAAAGUGAGAAGCUGGGAGACCCAGUGCCUGCCCAGCCCCCAGCCCUGCAUCAGCCUGCCGCCUCCCCAGCGAGGCCAUGGGCCCAGGGGCUCUACUGGUCCUGCUCGUGGCCACAGCUUGGCAUGCUCAAGGGGUACCGGUGAUAGAACCCAGUGGCCCUGAGCUGGUCGUGAAGCCAGGCACGACAGUGACCCUGCGAUGUGUGGGCAAUGGCAGCGUGGAAUGGGAUGGCCCCCUCUCCUCCCCAUACUGGACCCUGGGCCUUGAGGGCCUUAGCAGCAUCCUGACCACAAACAACGCCACCUUCCAGAACACUGGGACUUAUCGCUGCACUGAGCCUGGAGACCCCUUGGGGGGCAACGCCACCAUCCACCUCUAUGUCAAAGACCCUGCUCGGCCCUGGAAUGUGCUGGCCGAAGAAGUGACAGUGUUCGAGGGUCAGGAUGCGCUGGUGCCCUGCCUACUCACUGAUCCGGAGCUGGAGGCGGGAGUCUCACUGGUGCGGGUGCGUAACCGGCCUGUCUUGCGCCAAACCAACUAUUCCUUCUCACCCUGGCAUGGCUUCACCAUCCACAAGGCCAAGUUCAUUGAGAGUCAUGACUACCAAUGCAGCGCUCAAGUAGCUGGCAGGACGGUGACAACGAAUGGCAUCCGGCUUACUGUGCAGAAAGUCAUUCCAGGGCCCCCAAAUGUGACCCUGGAGCCUGCAGAGCUAGUGCGGAUUCGUGGUGAGGCCGCCCAGAUUGUGUGCUCAGCCAGGAACAUUGGUGUCAACUUUGAUGUCUCUCUCCAACGAGGAAACACUAAGCUCACAAUCUCUAAACACUCUGACUUCCAUGAUAACCAUUACCAAAAAGUCCUGACCCUCAACCUCGAUCAAGUAGGCUUCCAAGAUGCCGGCAACUACUCCUGUGUGGCCAAAAACGCCCAGGGCAUCCACUCCACCUCCAUGGUCUUCCGGGUGGUAGACAGUGCUUACUUGAACUUGACCACUGAGCAGAACCUCCUCCAGGAGGUGGCCGUGGGUGAGACACUCAACCUCCAAGUCAUAGUAGAGGCCUACCCAGGCCUACAAGUUUUUAACUGGACCUAUCUUGGACCCUUCUCUAACCACCAGCCCAAGCUCAAUUUUGUCACCAUCAAGGAUACAUACAGGUACACCUCCACCCUCUACCUGCCUCGCCUGAAGCCCUAUGAGGCUGGCCGCUAUUCCUUCUGGGCCAGAAACGCCAGAGGCGAGGAUGCUCUGACCUUUGAGCUCAGCCUUCAACAUCCCCCAGAGGUAAGAGUCGCGUGGAACCCCAUCAAUGGCUCCGAUGCCCUGCUCUGUGAUGCCUCUGGGUACCCCCAGCCCAAUGUGACAUGGGUGCAGUGCAGUGGCCAUACUGACAGAUGUGACGAGGCCCAAGCACUGGUUUUCGAGGACCCACACCCCGAGAUUCUGAGCCAGAAGCCCUUCCACAAGGUGACUGUCCGGAGCCUGCUGGUCACUGGGACCUUGGAACACAACAGGACCUAUGAGUGCAGAGCCCGCAACAGUGCGGGGAACAGCUCCCAGGCCUUCUCACACAUAUCUGUAGGAGCCAGCAUACAGCCCCCUGAUGAGCCCCUCUUCACACCAGUGCUUGUCGCCUGUGUGUCCAUCAUGGCCUUGCUGCUGCUGCUGCUCCUGCUGCUUCUGUACAAGUACAAGCAGAAGCCCAAGUACCAGGUGCGCUGGAAGAUCAUUGAGAGCUAUGAGGGCAACAACUACACUUUCAUUGAUCCCACUCAGCUGCCCUACAAUGAGAAGUGGGAGUUCCCCCGAAACAACCUGCAAUUUGGUAAGACCCUUGGAGCUGGUGCCUUUGGGAAGGUAGUAGAGGCCACAGCCUUUGGUCUGGGCAAGGAGGAUGCGGUCCUGAAGGUGGCUGUGAAGAUGCUGGGAAAGAGAGGGGGGGAGGCGGUGCCCACGGCUCACACCGAUGAGAAGGAGGCCCUCAUGUCAGAACUGAAGAUCAUGAGUCACCUGGGCCAGCACGAGAAUAUAGUCAACCUUCUGGGAGCCUGCACUCACGGAGGCCCUGUCCUGGUCAUCACUGAGUACUGUUGCUACGGCGACCUGCUCAACUUUCUGCGAAGGAAGGCUGAGGCCACACUGGGACCCAGCCUGAGUCCUGGCCAGGACCCUGGCUACAAGAACAUCCAUCUGGAAAAGAAAUAUGUCCGCAGGGACAGUGGCUUCUCCAGCCAGGGUGUGGACACUUAUGUGGAGAUGAGGCCCGUCUCCACUUCUUCAAAUGACUCCUUUUCUGAGCAAGACCUGGACAAGGAUGGGUGGCCGCUGGAGCUGCAGGACCUUCUCCACUUCUCAAGCCAGGUGGCCCAGGGCAUGGCCUUCCUUGCUUCCAAGAACUGCAUACACCGAGACGUGGCAGCCCGAAAUGUUCUGCUGACCAGUGGGCGUGUGGCCAAGAUUGGGGACUUUGGGCUGGCUAGGGACAUCAUGAAUGACUCCAACUACAUCGUCAAGGGCAAUGCCCGCCUGCCCGUGAAGUGGAUGGCUCCAGAGAGCAUCUUCGACUGCGUCUACACGGUUCAGAGUGACGUCUGGUCCUACGGCAUCCUCCUCUGGGAGAUCUUCUCACUCGGGCUGAACCCCUACCCUGGCAUCCUGGUGAACAGCAAGUUCUAUAAACUGGUGAAGGAUGGGUACCAAAUGGCUCAGCCUGCGUUUGCUCCAAAGAACAUAUACGGCAUCAUGCAGGCCUGCUGGGCCCUGGAGCCCACUCACAGACCCACCUUCCAGCAGAUCUGCUCUCUCCUUCAGGAGCAGGCCCAAGAGGACAGCAGAGAACCGGGCUAUACCAACCUACCAAGUGGCAGCAGCAGCAGCGGUGGCAGCAGCAGUGAGCCAGAGGAGGAGAGCUCUAGUGAGCAGCUGACCUGCUGUGUUCAGGGGGAAGCCGCCCAGCCCCUGCUGCAGCCUAACAACUACCAGUUCUGUUGAAGGGACAGGGAAGCACGGCUUCUCCCCUCCUCCAAGCUUCAACUCCUCUGUGGAUGGGGUGCCAUGAGGAGAACACAGACUCCGCCCUUAGUAAUGUCACUGAACAGCCUGGCCCAGCUCUGAAACUCAGGAAUGUGGGACCCCUGAGAGGUUGGAGAGGACCCCACUUCCAAGACCUGGGCCAUCACUGCCAGUCAGGGGCUGGGGCUGAGCCCCUCCCCGCCUAUUGUUCUCAACACUGUGGCCACGUUUGCUAUGCCGACUGGGAGAAUCCCCAGCUCACCCUCUUCACCUUGCUCCCACUGUCAGGACCCCCACACCUACCCCUUCCUGUCCCAAUGGAAAUGGACUGGUUUUGUACCUAUAAAGUUCCCAGGAGCUGCCCUAACAUUGAGAAAACAACGCUCCUCAGCAGAGUGGAGGGACCCUCUCUGCAAAGUGAGUGGAAUGGGACAGUGACAGGGGACAGCUGCUCGGAGACUGUGCUUGGCUCAGACCUCUUGGAGCAGGGUGGCUCCUCUGUAAGAAUCUAGCUGUAACUCCUAGUCUCUGUCCUCCUCUCCACAGCCCCACCCAGCCCUGGAUCUGGUACUGCUAUAAUGAGCCAGAUGGCAGCUAAAAGUUCAGGGUGUUCUGCCCAGUCCCCUGUCAUCCUGAGCUGGAAGGCAGGGAUGCGUGUGGCUGGCCACACCAAGCAAGCAGCACGCACUUCCCCAAGUUGACUCAUCAUAACUAACAGUCACGCUGCGGGAUGUCUCUGUCAGCAUUAAACUAACAGCCUUAACACAG